AUGAUACAGUCAUCUCUAGCCGGGGCCAUUGGGUCUUCCAGCGCAUUCGAGCGUCUCUCGACUGCAUCUCUUCGAAUCUGCACCCUUCCGCCACUUUUGUGUAUUCGCCAAACACCUCGCCCUGUGUUCUCACGUGCUUCCUCUUCCUGGAAACCCAAUGACGUCGGCAAAACAAAGCGAAUAUCCUCGACCUGUGCACCCUCGAGGCGACGCCCAAUACUGUUACAGCUACCUGCUUUGUUUAGUACCUCGACAACACACAGGCUUCAGCGGGAAGAUGGGAAAACCAGCGCAACAAAAAUCACCAAACGACCCUCUGCAUCAACGGCCACGGCAAAACUGGCGACAACCCUGAAGUCAACACUCAAACUUGACAAGACCAAGCAUGAAAACAUAUACAACAUUCCCAACUUUCUCACAUUGACUCGCCUUGUGGCGACGCCCGUGAUAGGCUACCUGAUCGUUCACAACUACCACCUAUAUGCUUUCUCGCUAUUCACCUACGCCGCUUUCUCAGACCUUCUCGACGGCUGGAUUGCUCGAAAAUGGAAGCUGCAAACUGUUGUCGGAAGCGUGGUAGAUCCCAUGGCCGACAAACUGCUUAUGACGACUCUUGUAACUUGCUUGGCUGUCAAUGGAAGUCUGUCUAUGCCGCUGUUUGUUCUUAUUCUCGGUAGAGAUGCAAGCUUGUCAAUUUCUGCUUUUUACUACCGGUAUGCAAGUUUGCCGGCUCCAAAAACCAUGGCGAGAUAUUGGGAUUUUAGUCUACCAAGUGCCGAACCACAUCGUCUGCCGCCCGGAGGCGUUCUCCUGUCUAUUCCAGAACUACUUGGAGGCGAGCAAGGAGUCAAGAACUUGAUCACUGGCUUGUCUACUGUUGUAGCUAGUACAACGGUGUACAGUGGUCUGGAGUACACGUGGUCGAAGAAGGCAGUAGUAAUUCUGGGAGGAGAUGAGGCUCUGAAGAGGAAGCAGGGGCUCCGCGGACGAAUGAUCAUGGCAAGCGGAUUCGGGUCCUUCAUCGCACUCGCCGUAUACCUCUGGUACAAGGGACAAGCUGAGAAUGCGCCAGAGAAGACGAUUGAAGAAGAGUGA